UCCGACACUGUGAUUGAGUAUGUAUGGAACAUGUGUUCACAACUGAAUCAUUAACCAAGCGCAAAACUACGCCUCGCUUACCAUAGAACGAAUUUAUGCGUUAUGCUUGGCACACGGCUCGGCGUUGGCAGAUGUUGACAAGCAUUGAGGGUCAUACAGACAGCAGCAUCGCAGAAUGGCGCUUACAUUUGUCGAUGCACCCAUAGAGGAGGUGGAUGAAAACGAACCACAAAACGUUGUCUACCUGGAUGAUAAGGGAGGCAACUCUCUCAGGCUGCAGAUAUUCCAGGGGAUGUACUGCCACUGUUUCUACAGGCCUACCAUUCUGAGACAGAUCAGGUCCGUGAGGCUGAGGCCGGAUGAUGUGUACUUCCCUGCGUAUCCACGAACAGGUACUCACUGGACAUUUGAAAUGGCCUCAAUGCUGUUGAAUGGUAGAGCCGAGACAAUUCCGAAAUACAAGGGACAUAAUCAGUUGGAAUUUGCAACAAAUGAAGACUUGAGUUGUCUCCCUUCACCACGUGUCAUCACCGCCCACCAAUGGCUUUCCAACGCACCAACUGAUUUGAAAAAGUUGAAAUGCAAGGUCAUCUAUCCGCUCCGUGAUCCCAGAGAUGUCGCUGUGUCUUUAUACAGCGCAUAUGUAGACUGCAAGUUUUAUGUGAACAAAAAGGGUGUUUUUGAAGACUUUCUCACUUUAUUUCUUGAAGGAAAGGUUGAUAUGAAUGGCUUUUUUGGCCAUAUUCGUGAUGCUGAAAAGUUUGUUGCUGAAAACCCAGAUAUCCCAGUACACUUUAUGAUCUAUGAAGAAACAGCCAAGGACACGCUGCAAGCGGUCCGAAAUCUCUCGGAUUUCCUCGAGCUAUCCAGAAAUGACGAUCUGUGCCGAGCGAUUGCAGACAAAUGCAAGUUCUCCCGGAUGGUCGUUGACAAGGAGCCUUAUUCUCGCAAGGUUGAUGGUAAAAACGUCCUGUACAGGAAAGGUAUCGUUGGAGACUGGAGGAACUGGUUCACGGAGGAGAUGUUGGAGAAGUACUACAGCGUGUAUGAGGAGAAAAUGUCCGGGUCCAUGUUUUACGACAGAUAUGCUAAACAGAAGCUGGAAGGAUGAAGCAAUGCCUUCUGCCUCCUGAUACAAUUGGUGACCGGAGGAACUGCUUCACAUAGAUGUUCCUCUGAGGCGAAUAUUCAGUUAUCGUUGGAGACUGGAGGAACUGGUUCGUGGAGGAGAUGUUGAAGGGAAACUACCGUGUGUAUGAGAAGAAGAUGGCAAGGUCCAGAUUUAAGCUAGGUAUGUCAAUCAGAAUCCAUAAGGGUGAAGCUGUCCCUAUGUACAGCUGCAGUUGGUGACUGAUGGGACUCUAGACAGCUACAGUUGGUGACUGGUGGGACUCCAGACAGCUACAUUUGGUGACUGGUUGGACUAGCAGAGAUAUAACCAUCUGCACAAUAUAGUUAUACAUAACACAUACAGAAGUGGAUAUGUAUUUAUAUCAAGCAUAAAUUAAGGAACAGUGUUUCUAAUUUGGUUUACCUUCAGGAGGAAUACACGGAUGUUAUGCAGUAUUUCAUAGUCUUGUCAUGCAAUCAAGUCCAUAAAAGAGUGUAUCGAUGGGGUGGUUAUACAUUUACCCAUUAAGUUAUUUCUUGGGUGAUUAUAAAGUUCACACACGAACAAA